AUGCAGCUGCAAGCACGAGAGUUUCCUCGGCUCAGGAAGACCAUCAAAAGAACUGGGCUGGGCAAAGCUGCGUUUUUCGAGCUCCGGUAUGAGGACGAUGGUGUCACAGAGAACAAAACCUUCAUUCUCAACCAGGAGAAGCCAUGUCUAGAGCCGUACAGAACAUCCUCAAUUCUCAUUGCUGGUGACAACUUCGGAUGUGGCUCAUCACGCGAGCAUGCGCCAUGGGCUCUGAAUGAUCAGGGCAUCCGCUGCAUCAUUGCACCUAGCUUCGCAGACAUCUUCUUCAAUAAUUGCUUCAAGAACGGGAUGCUGCCUAUUGCCGUGACGAAGGAUGUGGUGGAAGAGCUCUGGACGCACUCCGAGGCACACAAAUUGCUGAGCGUCGACCUUCAGAGCCAGGAAAUCAGAAGAGAAGGCUGCGAGGCCAUCAAAUUUGAAGUGGACCCGUUUCGGAAGCAUUGCUUGCUGAACGGACUGGAUGACAUAGGCUUGACGCUCCAAAAGAGUGAUCACAUCGACAGCUUUGAGGCGAGACGGAGCUCCAUGUUCCCUUGGUUGGACGGCCCAAACUACAGCAGAUUAAAGGCGGAAGUUCGCAUUAGCACCACCAAGUCCGCGGCAUUCUACACACGCGUGUCCAAGGGAUUCCUGGCUGGUCUUGCAGCAAACGAUGAUCGGCCAGAGCGUCCAGCAGCUUCGCAGCUCAUUCUGACUGCCACUGGCAAUGCGAUCGAGCGGGCUGUUCGCGUGUCCCAAGACCUUAAGGCUGAGGGUGAGGUCGAUAUCUUGAAAGUUCGUACACAGAUGGUCACCGGGUCCAACCAGCGGGCGCAGGUGCCGCAGGCCAAAGCGUUUGAGCUUCAACAGUUCACAUGCCAGAGCAUGAAGGGGCCGGGUGAGGAAAAUUAUGCCGUGUGUCAAAGUCUGAAAGCAUUGCACGUGGAGUAUCGGAAGUCCACAUCUGGCUAUGUCAUCCCGUACGGCUUGGAAUUUGAGGUUGCCCAGCUCACGAAGGUGAUUUUCCACUUGAACACGAGAAACGACGAGGCUGAUCAGCAUCUCGCGGCGGUGUCGCAGGCGUAUGAGACAGAAGUGGAGCAGAUUCUUAGAGAUGCCAACUCGAAGGUUCGCCGUUUGGCCGAGGCCGUGAGGUCAGGCCAUGGAAGCAAAGCUGCAAAAGAGCUGGAGGCUCUCAGGUCGAGCCAUGAGGAGGAGAAGCGUGAAGCUCUGAAAGAGAUUCAGAACGUCAAGUCUGCAGCAUCUGCCAGGGAGAGCAAGAACACCGCCAUGUGGAAAGAACGGCUCAGCAACAUGAAUGCAGAGGUUCAAGCGGUCAAGCAACAAUGCCAAGUGCAGGCUUCACAGUUCAAAGCAGCUUUGGAUAGAGUCCAGGAUGGGCAAGGUGCCGAGCUUUCCGACCUUCGAUCGCGUCAUGAAACGGAGCUACUCCGACUACAUGCUGAGCACGAGGCAGAAGUUCGCAGGAUGGCGGAAGCGUCCGAAGCCUCUGCAGCCCUGGAGGCAGAGCUGCAAAGGUGCAUCGACCAGCAAAAGGCCGACUUCACCAGGGAGCUUGCCGUGGAGCGCUCACGGUGCCAGGAGCUUCAGUCGCAGCUUGACAGCGCCAAGCGAAGCUUGGAGGACAGUCUAGCUUCCGGAGAUGAAGCUCUGAAGGCCGCACUUUUGGAGAAGAGCCAACUCAGCGAGCGGCUGAAAGCCGCAGAGGAUGAGAUGGCCACUCUCCGGGAAGCCGUCAGUGCAGGCAACUUGGCCUUGCAGAGUCGAGACAAGGACAUUGAGCACUUGAAGGAAUCCGUGGUUCAGUUUGAGGAGACUUGCAAAGUACUCAAGGAGGAAGGAGAUGUCCUCAAGAGAAACCUCGUGGAUUCGCAGGAUGAGCUUGCAAGACUCCAAAAAAAGCACGAGGAACUGCUAGACAAAUCGCACCGAGAUCAGGGACGACUGGAGGCGAGUGCUGAAGCAGAGCGGCAGCGCUGGGAGGAGGAACUUAAGGCCGCAAAGGAGCGUGAAGCAUCGCUCAAGGCUGAACUCGCUUCCCGAAAAGCGGCCGAGGCAGAGUUGGGCCUCGAGUUGGCGAGGGAAAGGGAAGAGGUGUCUAAGGCGCAGGCUGAAUUGAAGAAACAGGCGGAGGAGCUUGGACGCCUUCAGAAGGCCCUCGCCGACGCAGAGGCUCGCCGAGAGGAGCUGGCUCGUGAAGGUGGCUCCGAGGUCCAUCGACUGCAGGCCGAGCUCGAAGAACAAAAGGCAUUGCUUCUGGAAUGGCAAAGCAAAUUCUCGGAGCGAGAAAAGGAUUUCAACAACCAGCUGGAGAAGGCGCACGACGCCGCAAGCCGUGAGUUAGAAGCCGCCAGAGAGGCACACGCUGAGGCGGUGUAUACUCUAGAGAGGACACACGAACGGGACCUCUCCGAGAUGCAGGAAGCCAGCGCGGCAGAAGUGGCAUCUCUUCGAGCUGAACUCGAAGCCGAGGCGGACCGCCUUCGCCGCGAGCUCCGUGAGUUGCAGGGAUCGGAUCAAAGCGGCCGGCGUCUGCUGGAGGCGAAGGAGGCGGAGCUGGCUGAGGUUCAGGCCAAGCUCAAGGACUUGGAGUCGAAGCUGGAAGAAGCUCGAAGAGAAGCCGAAGAGGAGCGCCGCCUGAAGCGUAUUCUAGAAGAGCAGGCUGCAGCCGCAAACUCCGAGUUACAAGCUCUUCAAGGUGAAGUCGAGAAAACACAGGCUUUGCAUGUGGCAGAGAUAGAGCGUCUGCAUUUCGAGGCAAGAAAAGAAGCCGCCCUGCUGGCCGAGAAGCAACAGAAAGAAUUGCAGAGCCUGCGCGAGGAGAUGAUGAAAGCUCUCGAAAGCCGCGGUCGCGAAGGGCUCGCAGAGGUCCACAGACUCCAAGACGAACUCAGGCGCCUUCAAGACGCACAUGAGUCUGAGACAAGGGGGCUCAAGCAGAAAAUCGAAGAGCUUGAGGAGGCACUUCAGGCCACAACGCGAGAUGGGCAGGCAGAGGUGCAGCGGCUAAUGGCCUCAUCUCGCUUGGAGAUUGAGAAGGUCAAGACUGAAGGUGUGGAGAUGGUCCAGCGGCUAAAUGUCGAGCAUGAGGCCAAGCUGGAAGAGGUCUUCAAAGCACAGUCUGAAGCACUGGACCAGUUGCAGCAGAAGUUGGGAAAGUCCCAUCAGGAGCGGGUGGAUGAAAUGCGUCAGAAGCAUCUCCGAGAAACAGACAACCUCAAGACUGCGCAUGCUGCCGAAGUGCGUGAAGCUGCAGCCACGCACAAUGCCGCUAUGAAGGAGGUUCGUGCUGAGAUGGCCCAAGCUGUGCAAGAAGUGGAAGCAUCUGCCAAAGUGGCAGCUGCAAGGCAUGCUGAAGCGAUGCAAGCCAUCAGCACAGAGUUAGCUGCCGAAAGGGAGCAGCUCACGACCAGUCGCACGCAGGUGACGAAGUUGAGCGGAGAAUUGCAAACUUCUAGAGCAGCAAUGAUACAACUGGAGGAGCAGUUCCGGGCGACUGCAGUGAAACACGACGAGAUGAUGAAGCAUCAGCGCGAGGAGUUCGAGCGCGAGAAGCGUAACAUCAAGGAACAACACAAGAGAGGAGUCGAGCAGCUGCUAGAGGCCCACCUGAAGGAGACGGUCGAAUUGAAGCAGCAGUUUGACAGGGCCCGACAGCUGCAGGAGAUGCAAAUAGACAUGCUGCAAAAGAGGAUUGUGGAGCUGCAGGAGCUGUAUGAGUCGAGACCUUCCCGGGAAGAGGACUUGGAGCUUAUCGCCAAUCUGGAGAAGGAUUUGGAUGAGAAAUCUGCGCAGGUGAAAAAGCUCCUCGAUGACAUGCAGUUCUACAAGCUGGAGCUUGUGAACCGAGAGCAGAACUACAACAAGGUUUUCGGAGCGGCACCGACAGUCGGCAUCAUGAAUCCCAUUGCGGCAAAGAAGCCUGCCAAUGGUGGACAACCACAAAUGCGUGUUGUCCAGCAGCCUGGAUCAGGAAUGGCUGGAAUGAAUGUGGGCUUGCCUCCGCUGGGGAUGACUCCUGCCCCGACCCGAAGCAGCAGCAACAAGCCUAGCAACAUCCAGAAGAGGCCUUCGAGCGGGAGCAUGCGACGCGCAGGGUCCAUGGAGUAG